CGAUGGGAGGCAAACAGCUUUUUUGUAGAGAAUAAAAAGCGGUCUUUUAAAUCUUUACAUUUUCCCGGAAAGCAUUAAUAGUAGAUUUUAGAUCUUGAAUGCUUGUAUGUGUAUUGAAAAGUAUACAGUCUGCGUAAAAAUAUAAAUAUGCCUAUCCAUGGCACUGUGUACAUUUAAAUAGCCGUGGACUAUUUUUAUUCCGUGUUUUCGUUGAUAUUACGUCCACUUUCACCGCGUGUUUUCAGUUGAUAAAAGUUAAUUUAAACAUUUCGGUUGCCUCAAAAUGUCCUGUUCAGCGUUUCGUUGUAAAAAUACACAAAGCAAGGACGCGACUGUUCUGUUUUUUAGAUUUCCUUUAUGUGAUCCAGUCCGGCUGAAACAAUGGCUGACGAACAUGGGGAGAAAGAAAUGGACCCCAUCUGCAUCGUCACAUCUGUGCAGUAUGCACUUUGAGGAGGAUCAGUUCUUGUCAGACAGCAAGGUCAACAAGAGGCUGAAGACCACCGCUGUGCCUACUAUUUUCAUCAAACCACCACAUUUUGCCACACAGACCAGGGCCACACAGACCAUGGCCACAAAGACCAAGGUCACAGCGACCAGGGCCACACAGACCAGGUCCACAAAGAGCAGGUCCACACAGACCAUUGCCACACAGACCAUGGACUCACACAUCAUUUCCACACAGACCAUUGCCACACAGACCGAGUGGGUUAGUGUAACAAUGGAGGAAAGUGAAAGUAUGGUUUCUAGUUUUGUCUCUUCUUGUUCUUCACCCAGUUAUCUUGCUGAGCUUCACAGGGGGUCUGGUCCGGUUGCACAUUUGUGUCCUGUGUUGGAUAGUGAGCCCGGUACCAACAUUGACAUACAAGAUAGUGGUAGCAUUCCUUCUGCUGAUUAUAGCGACAUGGGCGUCGGACUUGGGGUGGAAAGGGGACUGAGUACCCAGGGCCCUUAUGUGAGGAGGGCCCGAAAACUUGCUAGAAUGAAUAGCUGUGGAUACGGUGAGGGGCCCAUAGAGAAUGCCUUUCUACAGGGCCCAGAAUUUCAUGCUACGCCCCUGUAUAGCGACGUCUGUGUGAAGCAAGAGCCUGCUGAAGUCGUUGUGAAACUAGAGCCUGAUGAGGAGAACGAAGUCGUUGUGAAACUAAAGCCUGCUGAAGUCGUUGUGAAACUAGAGCCUGAUGAGGAGAACGAAGUCGUUGUGAAACUAAAGCCUGCUGAAGUCGUUGUGAAACUAGAGCCUGAUGAGGAGACUGAAGUUGUUGUGAAACUAGAGCCUGCUGAUGAAACCGAAGUCGUUGUAAAGCAAGAGACUGCCAAGGAGACCGAUUUCAUUGACGAUGUCCUUCCUGAUUACAUUUUUCAGCUUGUUAUUAAAGCUGAUGUUAAUGAGGCCGCCGCUGAGGACAACGCUGAUGUUGAUGAUGUCGCUGCUGAUGACAUAACGGCGUAUACCACAAGCGGAGAUUCAAAAACCGCUAUUCUUGAUCACGACUACUUCUCCAAAAAACAAAAGGAAAUCCGCAUGUGCUCUGAUCACAUGUACGGGAUUUCGGAGUCUCCCGUAAUACUCAAACGUAGAGUGAAUGAACUAUGUGAUAAGCUUGUUGAAGCUCGUCAAAGGUUCAGGUUGAAGUGCCAGGAGACGAGUAGAAUGAAAUCCAGACUGAUGUCCUUAAAAAGUCUGACAAAGGGUCUUCAGAAGAAGUUGAAUUUGUUGCAGAAAAAGUUUAAUGCGUUGCAGAAAUGCAGACCUUACAGAGGUAUGGUGCAAAAUGUCCAGGAGCCAUUUUACCUCUGGGUUCCUUGUGUGUGAGAGAGUUUAGAUGUAGCAGGCUCUCUGUGGCAUGAUGGCUUCCAGCUAGGGCUGGGCAAUAUGGAGAAAAUCAAAUAUCACGAUAUUUUUGACCAAACACCUCAAUAUCAAUACUGCAACGAUAUUGUAGUGUUGACUAUUGGUGCUUUCACAAAAUAAGUGCUAACUAAGUGGGUAAAGGCAAAUAAUAGAACAGUUACAACAAUCUGGUAAUUCCAUAAAAUGACAUAACUUCACUGUAAUGCAGCCUUUAAAACCAGGAAAAGACACCACUUAUGCCAUAUUACGAUGUCCAAAAUCUAAGACGAUUUCUAGUCUCUUAUCACGAUAUCAAUAUAAUAUCAAUAUAUUGCCCAGCUCUACUCCCAGCACUCCGUAAUGUUACUUUUUCUGGAAAAGAGAGAGAGAAUUAUUCCAAUAGAUGUUUUUGAUGCCAGUCAUCAACAAUGGAAUGAACAGGACCUGCAAAAAAUAGCAUAAAAAAAACAAACCAAAGAACAUUAAUCCCUAUGGGCCAUUUUUUAUAAUUACUUUUUUUUUACAUUUUACUCAGCGGUGGCCUCGUUUUUCCACAGCAAUAUGUAUGUCCUACAACUCUACGAAAACAGAAUAAUCAUUAUUUAAAGUUAAUACGUUGAUUACACUGUGUCACUUUGGAUACCAGAAAGUAAAGCUACAGUGUAAAGUAUUUUUUAAUAAAUCAGUGUGUCCUUCCUCUGUCAGAAAAGAAACACACACCCAUGAAAGUGACCGUGAGACUGAAAGCAUGCAGGUGGAUAUGGAGAUUAUUUUAUGAAUAUCGGAGCAUUUGUUUGUUUAUAGUGGAAUAUUUUCCCCCAGAUUUGAAACCGUUCAAUGUCUCAGUCAGACUUCUAAUGAAGAACACAGAGAGCAUUAGGCAGCCCACUGUCAUUUCCGUUUAA